AAACACAAACAGUACCUGUUAUCUAUAAUUAAAUAGAAAAAAACUAACAAAAAAGAUAAAAAAAAAGCUUCAAUAAAAACCGUAUCAUCAUCGAUUUGAUUUAAGUCAUAUUUGCUUGCUUGAAAAACUCCGGAUAACAACGAGCAAAUCUCAACGGUGCGUUUAUUGCGAGUGUUGAGUGUGUAACAGUGCGGCCAGGCUAUUACCGAAAGAAAUAAAAAUUCUCUUUGCAUUUAAAUCGUAUUUAAGUUGAAAAUCGUUUUGCAAAUAAACAGCAAACAAAAUGUUUAUGCUGAUUGACUUAAACGAUAGAGGCAGGAGUUGAAUAGCGAGAAUCGUUUAAGGCGAUUUCGAUUCGAUUGAAAUAAAAUGCACGUUAAACAUACCAGUCAACGCAGAGUAAGUGGACCUGGGGCAUUUGGAACAUCAUUCAACGACCAAUGUGCUAGCAGAGAAAACGUACACAGUAGUGAUCAACAACAACAGCCACAACAACAGCAACAGCAACAGCAACAGCAAAAUCAUCAAGCUAGGUCACAACAACAGCAACAACAACAGCAAAAAUCUCAACGCCAGCAGCAGCAACAUCAUCAAUCGCAUCAGCACUUACUGCGUCAGUCGCUGAUCAACCUUACGAGUGCUCAGACCGCUAAUACGUACGCUGCCAGUUAUUCCGGUAAUAAUAACAAUUACGAACGUAGUAGCAAUUACGUUAACACCGCCAAUACCGUUGACGGACUUCAGGCAACACAGACGGAGUGCGCGAACUCCGCGCGUGAUUUAUUACGUAAAACGUCAAGCGAUAGUGGUAGUAAUUUACAUAAAACAAAAUCGUGCAGCUGUGAGUCUUUAAAGACUGUCUCUGCAUCUGAAGCCACAUCAACAACUGCCGCCGCUGCUGCUCUACCCGCCACUAAAUCGUUCCAACCUUAUACCAAUACAAGCAGUGGCAAAGGAACAACAGGGGACGGCCUUCUAGCUGAUCUAGACAACGAAUGUCUUUUGAUUGAUGCCAGUAAGGAUCGUAAGACUAGCAAAAGUGCCAGCGAUAAUAUUUAUGUACACCACUACAGUGUAAACGGUGGUGGUGUUAACGCUAGUGCAGCCGGUGAUGAUCGACGUUCGCUGCACUACGAACACAUUAGUAAUCGUUACAGUGGUGUCUCCAAACAAAACUCAUACGAUAGUAGCUCACCUCAGCAAUUAUCCUUAGCUGACACUCGUUACCGUCAGUAUUUGGAUAGUACGAAUCCUCCCAGUCGUGUCUCGAAUAGUCCCAACAGUAAAAGUAGUAGUCUUGCGAUAGCCGACGAUUAUCCCGAUUCCCAUGCUCAUGGUGAUUUCAAGCAUUUAGUUGUACAUAAUUUCAGUAAUUCCGAUCCGAUAGCUCAGACCAGCUACAGUAAUCAUUAUUUAGAGGACGCGGCAAGCAAGGCUUGUCCGUUGCUAAAGAGCCAUUACAGCGAUUGCAAUAUUUAUGGUAAGAACGAGCUUGAUGUUGCAUCGUUAACCGAUAAACAGCAAUUAGUUAAUAAAGCCUAUAUAUUCAAGUGCAUUGCCAGUAGUCCUUCGUUUUUAAAGACCAAUAAAAUCAAAGAGCAAUCUCGUAAAUUGCGUAACUUAUCAUUGAAAACACGUCCAACGGCUAAAAAGAAAAAUCAAAUAUUAGCGAAAACGAACGCUGUAUCAGAUAAUUCAUUACAUCCGGGUGAUAAAUAUUUGAAUUUGUAUUUGGUUGAAAAGAGAAACGGUCAACAGCAACAACAAUCAGCAAAUACCACGUUCACCUCACCGUCAGUGGCUUCCGGACAGCAAGUGCCCAGCAGACAUAGUACACAGUAUAUCGUAAACGGGGCGCUUAAGUCCGUUUAUCCCACAUAUCGUUCCUCAAUUAAAAGUGAAACAGCCGUUAGUGCCAUCUUAUCCUCAGCCGCCGCCGCCGCAGCCACUGCCAAUAGUAGUGAGCAACAGCAAACGCAAAAGCAGCAAUUACCACAUUAUCUUGGCGCUAAGCAGCAGCAGCAGCAGCAGCAGCAGCAGCCGCAUUAUAAACAAGCCAAAAUUAAUAAUAAAGGCUGCAAUCUGGUCAAUAACGGUAAUAAACUUAGUGUUAGCACUAAUUCGUGCAAUCGUCUGCAUGCUGGAUCACCUCAUGCCAUAUCGCCAAAGAGCUCCUUAUCGAGUAACGGACACCUUAAUAAAUAUUGUUUGACGGAUAUAAGUCGCCGAAAAACCGAAUUCAACCGUCAACUUAGCGCACCGACUGAUUAUACGCAUCAUUCCUCUAGUAACGGAUCGCAUCAUUCCGCUAACGAGGUUGCGUACGGUGAGUCAACAUCAACAGUCGCUAGUGCGGGUAAUAAAAAUCAACAUUACCAGCAGCAGCAACAGCAACAACAACAACAACAUCAGCAACAGCAGCAACAACAACAACAACAACAACAACCGUAUCAACAACAUCAUACACAUUCACACAGGCGCCAUCAAUAUCAUCAACAACUGCAGCAACCAUUACAGCCGCCGUCGUCAUCUUCAGUAGCAACAACAACAAUAAUUACAACAACAGCCGCAGGAGUUACGACAGCAGCACCACCAACAGCUCAUUACACAGCUGCAACAGUAUUAACGAAACCAACAUCGAACUCGUGCACAAACAGUUUUAAUAGACGCCAUAUAAAGCGUCAAAAAAAUACUAAAUUAAAUGAAAGAUUAUUACGUCGUGACAGCGAGGAUUCGGUUCGAUGCUCAUACUGUUCGGUAUUAAAUGUCAAUGAGAACGACUUAAGAAUAUCAUUCGAGAACACCUGCACCGAUUCAUUGGUAACCGCAUUCGAUGAUGAGGCUUUACUAAUAUGCGACCAAGGAAACGAAAUGGUUCACUUUGAUGACGUAUCGUUAUACGGGACUCCGAAAGAGGAGCCAAUGCCUUCCAUCCCCAUCGUUUCGGAAAAAGUAUCAGCGAAUUUCUUAAAAAGUCAAUUGCAAUCAUGGUUUCAACCGACCGACAAUCGGUUGGCUAUGAAAUUAUUUGGCAGCCGCAAGGCAUUAGUCAAAGAGAGAAUACGGCAAAAAACUUCCGGACAUUGGGUUAUUCACCCAUGCAGUUCAUUCAGGUUUUAUUGGGACCUUUGUAUGCUUUUAUUAUUAGUAGCAAAUCUUAUUAUCCUGCCAGUCGCAAUAUCAUUCUUCAACGAUGAUCUGAGCACAAGAUGGAUUGCCUUCAACUGCCUAAGUGAUACUAUUUUUUUAAUAGAUAUUGUAGUCAAUUUUAGAACUGGAAUUAUGCAACAAGACAACGCUGAACAGGUUAUUUUGGAUCCCAAGCUUAUAGCUAAACACUAUUUGAGAACAUGGUUUUUUCUCGAUUUAAUUUCAUCGAUACCGCUGGAUUAUAUUUUUUUAAUUUUUAAUCAAGAUUUUUCCGAUUCCUUUCAAAUACUUCAUGCAGGACGUGCGCUGCGCAUUUUACGCUUAGCAAAGCUUCUAUCUUUAGUUAGACUGCUACGUUUGUCUCGUCUUGUGCGCUACGUCUCACAAUGGGAGGAAGUUUACAUUCUGCAGAAUCUACAGAAAAAAAGUGCUGAUCGAAGAGGGCGAAUGCACAGAAAAGACAAAGAUGGCUUAACAAAAAGCAACCUAAUUUUAAAGUUUCUUAAUAUGGCCUCGGUGUUUAUGAGAAUCUUCAAU